GUACAAAGCGCGCAAUUCCAUGAUUUCCCCUCCAGUCCUGCUUCGAAGAGGGGAAAAAAGAAAAACAAAAUCAAAAGCGUUUCAUAUAAGUUUGGUGGUGGCGUGAAAACACAUUGUUCUACGUUUAUUCGAGAAUGUAAAUAUUGACGCCGCGUCCUCACUGAUUAUUGAUUGCCUGCUUCGCGAAGAUGUUCAGCUCCCCGAUGGAGGACUGCAGUAUCGGGGAUGCGCAGAAGGUCCCAGUCCCUUGUAGUCCCGUGAUGGACACGUGCAAAAACGAGGAACGGGACGAAAGUGAUGUUGAAGCAAAUUUCUUCGGUGUGGAAAUCGAAGGGCAAGGGGGACGGGAACAAGAACAAGAAACGAAACAGGACCGCGAACCAGAACAAGAUACCUCGUCCAACAUGUCAGCAACGUGGCGUCCCCGUCGCGUGCUUGAAUACAAGGAAGAAGCUUGCCCGCAAACGCGGACGAACCAGACGAGGGACAAGACGAGUAUCUUAUCGGUUGGUUUUUUUUUGAGACCGGUACGUGCUGAGGCCCAGACUUUGAAACACGACGGCACGGUGAAGGUUAUAUUUUUAGCGUCGAGCAUACCCUCGGGGAAAACAGGGGGCCCCCGCCCUCCCGCCUCUCGCCCGCUCGGUAGCCUCCCCACAAGGGGGCCCCCGUCCCCGACUCCCGCCCUCCCGCCCGCAGGGGGGCCCCGCCUCCGUCUUUCACUGCCCACUUACAGGGGGCCCCCGCCUCCUUGAUCGCCCCCCCACACAACCUUUCGCCAGCUGGGCAUCGCGGGGCGCCGACCGCUGGUACCGCGCCUGCAGGGGGGCCCAUGCCUCCUUCUUUCACUUCCCGCGCCCCUGCAGGGGGGCCCCCGUCCCCGGCUCCCGCCCGCAGGGGGUAUCCUGCCUACAGGGGGCCCCCGCUUCCUUCUUUCACCGCUCACGCGCAGGGGGCCGACGCCCCCUUGCCCGUCCCCCCUCACACCCUUUCGCCCGUUGGGGGCCCGCCUGCAGGGGGGCCCCCCGGCUCCCGCCCUUCCGGCCGCUGGGUACCGCUCGUGCAGGGGGGCCCCCGCCUCCUUGCUUGCGCGCAGGAGGCCCCCCCGCCUCCUGCGGGCUGCCGGCCAAAAGCGGUCUCCUGCCCUCCCGCGGGGGGCCCCCGCGGCCCUUCUUGCCCACACGGGGGCUCCGCCUCCCUGCCGCCCCCGCCCGAAGGGGGCCCCCACUUCCGCCGUAUCAGGUCCGGAACGGGCCUCCGCCUUCUUAGUUACCUGCCUGAAAGGGGAAAGUUUGGUGGGGGCCCAUUGUCCUGCUCGUUUGGAUGUCCUGUUCGUUUGGAUGGUUGCUGCCUUGCUGGCCGACUCCGCCCGUUUUUCGCCGCGGGCACGCAAGGGGCCGCCCACUUGCGGCGCGCCCGGCUCUCGGGCCCCGCCCGCAUGGGUGGUUGGGGGGGGGGGAGUGUUGUGGGUUGCCCGCUGGUCCGCUAUGUAUCGCGAGGGGGUGGCGGAACUGGAGCUAUUGUGCCCGCGGGCCUCAACACGGACCUAACCAGUGCGGGGCUUGUGUGUGUUGGGCACAGCUAUUGCGCCCGCGGGCCUCACCACGGACCUAACCACUGCGCUGCCUGCUUCUGUUGGGCGGCUGGCCGGUCCCCUCGUUGGUGACUGUUCUGGAAGUGGUCCGCUCGUCCUCCCGGGGGGCCGCAACCGCACUGGGCGGGGCGCCCGCGCGCGGCGCCGACGGGCGUGAAAGCGUGCCCAGCAGUAGGGUUGUUGCGCAGGCUGAAGGGAAAGAGUGGGGCGUUGGCAAUAUUGUAUUGCGAAGGCGGGCUGGGUGAUUGGUUGCCAAUACGGCAGUUGUCAAGAUGGUUUGGUUGGUUGUCAAUACGCCAGAACGACAACUCCUUCGCGUGGCGUCAACAACGGGCGCGGGGCAAAUCCAAACCCCACCCGAAACAAGGAGCCGCCCGCGUGGAGGACACGCAUGCAGGAUUUUAGCUCCCUAGCUACCACAAACUGUAGCCACCGCUCUUGUAGCGUAUCGCAAUUCCCAGCGCCAUACGAUUUUACGCACAGGGCUUGUCUUGUUUCGGGUGGGGUUUGGAUUUGCCCCGCGCCCGUUGUUGGCGCCACGCGAAGGAGUUGUCGUUCUGGCGUAUUGACAACCAACCACGACAGUAUGUAUAUGGCGCACAGUGACAACCACAAGAACCCGAGAGACAUUCCGCGCGACAGGCAAAGACCAGCAGUGCGGUGGGGAAUACUGCCCGCAUGCGCCGCCGCGCGCACUACGCGCGCGGGAAGAUAUUGACUGCAGACGCUGGCGCCACCAUGUGCCAGGGCACGCAGUGCGCUGAGCAGUCGGCGCCGUGCUGUUAGGACGUGCGGACUCCGACCCGCGUCGGCGAGGGCAGCCAAGGUAAAAGUAGACACGCGCGCGGGCGAUAAGCGGAAACACUGCCCACAUGUGCCGCGGUGCGGGUCGCGAUUCCCAAACGUUGCGGUCGCGACCGACAAACCACGGAAACCGACUCCGGUCGAAAGCCGGCGCGUACCAUCGCGAUUCGAGAUAAAACCGCAGCGCUUGUUCCGAUUUGUGUCACGGCGAGACACAUCGUGAAAAAAAGGCCGUGCCGUCGUGAUUCGGCUGCGCGACUUGUGCGAAAUAUCGCGGAAAACCAGGAAAAAGCAACUCCGCAAACAGGGCCCGUAGUAGCGCGAUUCGCGACACAAGUGUUAGGCUUUUGCGCGAUUUUUUGCACGGUGCAAAAACUCGUGCAAAAGAGGUCCUACCAUCGCGAUUAGCAUAGAAAACAAAGCAACUUUUGCACGAUUUUCACCAGUUUCACGACAAAUCCCGGGAUUCGGGAAAUCCCGGGAUUCCGGAAAGGCGUGAGUAAAAGACAAAAGCAAAAACCAGAAGACUUUGAAGGGCCAACCCGCAUGGUAUGGCGCGCGUAGGCUACUGAGAUCCUUAUAAUUUCGCAGUGUAACAAAAGCCGUCCCACGAGGGCACCGCGCCCGGGUAUAUACGCAAGGUUUGACCCCAAUCACGAUGGUAGUGCAAAUAAUUCUGGGCCUCAGCGCGUACCGUUCUGUUUUUUUUAUGUCGUUCAAAAGACAAAAGUAUGAAAAUGAGCAUAACGAUAACAGAAACAUAUAGAAGAUGUCCUAAUUCAGCAUGAUCAACUGACUCUCUCCCGACCACGGCGGCACAGGUCUACUCAUCACCGCCCCGGCCGAGGACCAGACGCACAAUAAUUGCGUGGUUUCACAACACGACGAGGAAAGCUGUGAGCUCGAUGCUGUUUCGCCGUUGAGCAAUCUCCACACAGACGGCAGCGAGCAGUCACAAUCUUCUGCUGAGCGCGAUGAACAACAGUGUCAAAGCACUGCCGCGGCCUGCGACGGGCGAGGCGGUCGUGGUAUGGGCACCGCCACAAGAGCAGGACACAGACGAGACGACCACCAAGAUGAACACGAUGGCUGUACAAUGGAGGAACAACAGCCGGCGAACGAGACCACGGAACAAGUAGACAAAGACAGCUCCCGUGUGAUUGAGCUCGAAAAUUUUGUGCGCGAGCAAAGCCGACAGUUUUUCAGGAUGGUGGCUGGCUGGAAUUCUCUGCAGACCGUGACAAGUUUUUUCUAUACUUGGCGCCACAUUGCGGUAUCACGGAAGUUGCGACGCGUAAGCAGCACAGAUCAUCAACAAGCCACCGGCCAGACCAUUUCAACAGUGACCGUAGGAAUGAAGGAGCUGCCGCAACGACGCACCAAGGAGCUUAGCGUGGAGCAGACGGGAAUGGUAACAGGGGUGCACAUUUUCCCGUGCAAGGAAAUUCUCCAGCAGCUACGCGCUACUGAGCGCGACUCCGCGAGGAAGGAUCUUUCGGAUAGCCGGCGCAAGGAGAACGAGUUGCGCACCGAAGUCGCAGCGCUGGACCAGAGUUUGAUGCGCGUUCGGGGGGACCUGAUCCAAUCCGAGGAGCAACGGGCCCUGUUGCACCGCGAGCUAGCGCAGUUGCGCAUGGAGUUGCGGGAAGCGCACCAACGAAUCGAUGGCUACGAGACCGCUGCAGAAGAUCAAGCGGUGCAACGGAACAAAGUUGAAGAAGAAAGAGAAGGUACGGCUGGCCCUCUCGUCAAUGAUGCGGCUUUUACCAGCAGGGACGACGACGAGAAGAAACACAAACAAACGAACGAGUGCGGUGUGCAAGCGAAUUUGCCGAGUGUCGCACUUGGUGCACCAGAACAGUGCAAAGAGGGUCGGGCGCCAACUUUGGACAUGGGCGGGAAAAUGUCUUGCGAUAAAACUAGCGUCGACGUUGGAAUCUCGACAGAUUUUGUCGACGCUCCAUUCGCCACACUGCAACAACUGCAGAACGCGAAUGCGAAUGCCGCCGACGGAGGUGCCAUGGUGAACGUAACCGAAAGCCCUCCUCCCAAAGAGCCUCCUGUGGUGUUCGAGGCAGGCUCUAGUGUACUGGCAAUCGUUUCUUCGCGAAGUGGUGCUGAGCAGGCGUCCGACGGCGGCGAGAGGGAUCUUGCAAAUGUCGGUGCACAGGAUCUGGUGCAGCUGGGGGGCGUCGACGCAGGACUUUCAUCAUCUGCCGAACGGAUGCGGUCCAUCAGCGGUGAUGCGACUAACGGUUCCUCCUCGAACGUAGGCAGUCCGUCUCGCGUGUUGACUGGGACGCGCGCGGCCUGCUCCCCUGGCUACGAGAAAACGUUUCUUUCCGUCCACGACCGCGUGCGCGUGUCGGAGAAUGACUAUUUUACCCCCCGCGCGGCCGACAGCAACCUCGCAGGAACAGGCACAACAACGAACCCUAAUCCAUUCCUGGCGAAUGCGAAAGGCUCCCUUCUUCGCAGUAGUCUGCAUUCAGAGCGGGCGAGGACGGGACUCUUGCGAAAACGAGGACGAAUGGCAACCAGCAAGCCUGACAACUCAGAAGAGAUUGUUGGAAAAACCUCUGGUCGUGCAUCAAACUCAACCUCGACGAAUACAAGGCUUCUGGGAGUAGACGAGGAUGCGACGCAUUCCCCGGGUGGCCGCGCCUGCGGUAAAAGUAGAACCAGCGGCCGCUGUGCUUCGCGGCAAGUGGAGGACAUUUUGGAGGAAGAGGUCGAGCUAGUUUUCGAACCAGAAGCGGAGGGUGAUGGGGAAGGACAUGACGAGCAGCACGCGGAGCCCUUUUUUCAUCCACUUGGACACGACGCAGACCCGAAUAUCAUUGCAGCUGCGUCCGGAAUAAGAACCAAUCAUCGGGCACCAGCCACAACAGAUCAAGACCGUCACCAGAAGCGCCAGGGCAGUGACUUUUCACGACUGGGCAGGAACAUCAUCAACGCCCUCGAAGAGCCAAGCCGACCACCGCGUCUCGGGUCGUCGCCCCGAGGCGCGUCGGCGCGAUCCCGCAGCGGAAGUUUGGAACUCCUGCAGCAACAGCUGCAGCGUCAGAGUGAACACGGGAGCGAAGACUUGCGGAAAUUUUCGGUAUCUCCCCAAGGACCAAUGUCGCACCUCCACACGCUUGCACCAGCUGCGCUGGGUCGGAGUUCAAUAGGCACGACUCCUUUGGUUCCGACACCAGACGUACUUGACAAGAACGGAGCUGCGAAGACCAGCCAAAACUCCACUCCUGCCAAUUUUGCGCCGUCAGCUGCUGUUGAGCGGAACAAGGACCACGUCAGCGGGCGAACGAUUUUCGCAAAUCCCGUGUUUGCAGGGACGAACGGGGGAGCGACCAUGGCCUUUGCUUCAUCGCCGCUGGACGGUGGCGGAAAGAACUUCGAUCUGAGUCCGCCGCAUCUGAACAAGACAGGCACAAACGGAAUCGCAGCCUACGGAGGCGGACAAAAAGGCAGCUCUGUUGCAGCAGAUCAGAGGCUUGAUCAUGAAGGUGCUGGCGGUUGUAUCAGAUCAGACUCGGCCAAGCAUGUGCAAAGCGGCCAGCAAGGGUUUCAGCAGCCGCCGAAUUUGCAUUCGCACGCGGCUGGCGGACAAGUAGACCAAGAGCAAGGGAGUAGCAGCACUGCGGUGCCUGGUGCUGCUGCAGCAGAGAAGUUUGUUGACAAACAUUCCGCUGUCAGGAUGCAGCCUCCGGAUCAUAGCCUGAACGGGGCAACUCGAGGCCAGCUUCUGCACAUGCCGCUGCAAAGUUCCGGAUCUACAGCUCGGCUGCCUCGCAAGGUUUCGAGUGACAUGUUUUCUGUUUCCUCUUGGGUUUCUUCUUCGAACACCGAUGGCGCUCCUCCCGGGACGACACAUCUGCGGCCAGACCAUGAGCAACAGAACAUGAACAACCACAAUCACCAGUACCUUCCUGCUGGUUCUACCGGCACACGGAAGGAUUCCCUUGAGGACAUCCUGAUGAUGACGAGUGGCGGCAACAUCGUCGAAGGCCCGAGGAAAACUGCAAAGGACCCUUCCAAGCACGCCGCAAAUAAAGACGAUGCGGGUGGUGCGGGCGGAAAUCAUGUUGAAGCACGUUCCACGCCCGUUUUCGCUUUUGAUCAGCAAUAUGGUGAGGUCGCACGGCCGCUGUUUUCCUCUGACAAUCGGCGGAGGACUGCUCCCAGCUUCUAUCCCAGCAGCCGGACCUUAUUCUCAUCGAAAAAUGAUGCCCCCGGGCAUGUGGGCCAACGCCACAUCGUCGACUCAAGAACAUUUGGGAGCACCGUUUUUGGGGGUGGUGCCGCAGCUGCGGGAAAAACUACUGCAAAUAACAGCAAGAAAGGGUCCGCGACGACGACCGCUGCUGGUGCAGGCGCUACGAUGAAAGCAACGCGUGCAACCGAGCCCAGCUUUCAUUUCAAAAGUGCGCGCUCCCCAAUGUCACUUGGCGCGAGUGCGACUGCUACGGCACACUUUCAAAGAGCUGGAUCUGAAGCCUCGUCAAGCAUCAAGAGAGAUGACUUGGCAGCAACAGAGAAUUUUAAGUGCUCGUCGGAAGCCGACACAGCAAAGAUGAAGGAAACUGUACUCACGCCAGCGCAGUUGAAGGGAACCGCAAAAAUCGGAGAAGUCAGACACCUAGCAGCAACGCGAGACAGCGCAGGUCGGACGCCUCAAUUUUCGCCGAAGUAUCCUGUCGGGGAAAUCACGAGCGCCAUGCUAAAUCUGUUGCAACAGGAAGAACGGAACGAACCUCAAUGGGCGGAUUAUAUGCAAGAAAGAAAUGGUCUUCGUUCUAGUAGUUCCGCGGCGGUGGGUGCCAGUACGCAGAUCCCUACGGCGACGACCAAAAACGAUCUCCGCCGAUUGACCGAAUAUCGCGAUAAACAACCUCCACACGACACGAUACCUCUGUCGGGCCAGGAUCGCUUGCGGGCUGGCGUCGGUACUCCCGCCGAACAGCAAAAAGUAAACGGGAGAACCACGGUUCUUGCGCCAGCUGCUGAGUCGACGAAAUCUGUUCCUGUCUUUUUAGGGAAAAUGGGCAGCAAAACAAGUUCGAAAAAGGAACACGAUGAUGUAGGCCAUAGCCACCCCCAUGGCCAUGAUUUUUUGUCGUCUACCAAGGGCAAAAAGGCUGCGUCGACACGGGAAAGCAUCGCGUCAAGUGCACGCCUGUCUCUGGGAUCAAACGGCAGUGGAGGGCACCACGUGCGGGGCUUGCGAAGCUCCCUGCCACCGAAGCUUAACCACGACACCAUCCCAGUAGAUUCAACGGCACUACAUCCGCAAGAACAGCAGUUCUUGACGCAACAAAGACAAAUCGCAAACCAGGGCGCCGGUACUUACCACGCAACGCCACCAACCAGCUAUAGUGGUACGACAGACCGCGAUGUCGGUAGUGGACGGAAACCCACUCAGGUGUCAACCCCGCCUCCAAUGUCGAUGUUCAGUCCAGGCAGUGGCAGUGCCGCUCAGAUCGGCGCCGUACCAACACCGAUGGGCAGGAGCCACUACCAGGUCGUGGUGCCGCAGCAACCCACGAGCAGGCAGAUGAAGUUGAUUGGUUCCCAGUCCGCCUCUUGCCUUCACCGCGGCCACAUCAACCGAGAUACUCCGAGAACGACGCAAAUGCUGGACGCACCGCCACCCUCCGCGCGAGCAAAGCAGCAGCAGCAGGCCCGUGUCGUUUACUAUGCGCAGGCGGAACACCACCAGCCGCGGAGCGCCCGGAGCAGUGAGAGGCUGACCAAGUUGCUGUCCCCUCGAGUCAUCAUGCCAGUCGGAACUACCAGGGGAUCGCCGCAGCUGCUGGCCGCUGCGACGGCUUCACCGGGUCUGGGUGUUGAGUCAUCAGGGAGCAGGAGCGCAAGACUCAGAUACAACAUUAAGUAGCACCACAGCAAGAAGCGCACCGGCGCAGGAAGUUGUAGUAGACGGAAUUGUCGUGCUUUAGGUUUUUAAAAAGCAAGCUAUUAUUGGGAUUUUAUCUGUCGUGCAUUGACGCGGCGUGGGCGUCAAACUGUGAUUACGCGAAUGGAUUCAUCUGAUGUAGUUCCAGGUCAUCACUUUUGAUGCGCUUGGAGCAGGACCCGCGUGAAGAUCAACCGAGUGUUGCACGGGAAGCCAUGUCAAGUGCAAAUCAUGGCGAACUAUUUUUGAUAUUUUUGGUUUGCUGGUCCUGGUUGUCAAUCUCAGCAUAGGUGAGAUAGGUAAAGGCAUUUGAAUUUGUCCGGUGCUCCUUGUGAAGAGCCUGACUGAGAUGAAUGCAUGUUCGACGU